ACACCAGCUGACCCAGUCAUGGGCGCAGAGGACCCAAAUCGCUCUCUGCAUGGACUUAUACUGGAUUAAUCAGCUUAACCUAUUUAUUUAUUUGCAUAUUUAUGGUUUAUCUACUUUCUUGAGCCCUGAAUGCGGACGCGGAGCACUAUGCACUCCAGAGUGAAGUCGCGGAGCUGCGAUAAUUACCUGAGUAUAAAGGACUCAGAGUCGUUGGACCGCUGCAUUCAGAGCGUGUUAUCGGCUCUGUAUCCUCCGUUCAGCGCGUCGGCGGCCACCGUCCUGUGGCAGCUCUUCAGCGUCGUGGAGAGACAGUACCGCGGAGACGGCCUGCACUGCUUCAUUGACUUCCUGCUGCCCGCCAAGAGAAUCCUGCAGAUAAUAAAACAGGAGGCCUGUCUGCGAUUCAAAGGCCUGUUGCUGUACCACGAGGGAUGGCCACUGUGUUUGCAUGAAAAGGUGGUUCUGCAACUUGCACCCCUGCAUAAAGUACGUCUACGGCAGGGAGAUUUCUACCUGCAGGUGGUUCCCUUAGGCCGCAAGGCUGCCAAACUGGUCAUAAAAUGCCUGUCAGGGAGCGGGCAAGCCAUCGCAGAGAUCCCUGUGGCCGAGAGCAUGUACGGCAGCGUGUUCACACCUGAGUUCCUGCAGAAUGUAACGCAUGAGCGCAACCUGCACCCUCUCCAGAACUGCCUCCUCAGUACCGGCGCUGUGGUUUACCGAACGCCCUGGAAGAACGUGGUCAAUCCUUUGUUCGUGACCAGCACUGCCGACGCAAUCAUGCAGGCGCGGAGCAGCGGCGGGACCCUGCGGGGUCAGCUCAGCACCUGCAGCACCCACGGAUCCACAGGAACGCUCAGUUCCCGAGACUCCUUGGGCGCUGAGUCCACUGUGUCCGAGCCAGUCCUCAGCCGGAGCCUCACGGAUAUGGGCAUCAGCUCCCAGCACUCGGAGGAUUCGCCCUUGCAAAAGAGUCCCAACUCCCUUCCCCAGACGCCCACCUUGGGCAGCCCAGAUCAGGGAUGCAUUCGAGGCGGAAUCGGCAACAAAAUCCUCUCGUUCAGCACAGACCUUAGCAAUCCCGGCCUUCGCAAGAGGCAUCCCAGAGACUCUGCGGCCUUCGAGUUGCGCCGGCUUUUCCGCAAGUCCUACAUGGAGGCACUGCAGAACCCCAUGAACCUCGGCUCCAGCUCAGAAUCAAUUCUGGAGGAAGGGACGGAGUCUGAGCCAGGAGCGCCUCACGACUCCGUCACAAAGGAUCCGAUCCCUCAGAGAACCUGUGAUCGUGGAUGGCUGGGAGGAGAUGAAUCUCGCAACGGUUCUCCCGCUGUCCAUCUAUCCAAGAGCGCCGAGUUCAGUCUGGGUGAGAGACGCUCCAAAUCUCUCGAACGUACCAACAAGGCCUUGCAGGUUAAAGGACACCGGGCACGGUCGUCCUCCGGUGGAUCCGGUAGCGGCCUUCCCAAGAAACUUAUGAAUGGUUAUGCAUUUCGUUUUGGAAAACUGGAUUUGGAGGCGGCCUUUCCUGGCAUCGAGAAACGGAGCAACAAAGAGAACUCAGGUCUCUCUGAUGAGGGUCUGCACUCGAGCCCCAGGAGGAACAGUAACAGCGCUGAUGAGUUUGAUCCUCCUAAACCCCCCAGCAGAGCAGCGGUGUCUCCUGGCCCGUCCGCGGCGCCCCCUGCUGUCUGUGCUCCAGCGCUGCUCUCACUCAUCAACCAGGAGCUCCUGACCUCCGGUGCUCUGACGCUUCCCGGUAACCAGGACCGCGGUGGCAGAGCCGUGCUGCAGGUGUGCACCAGGAACCAGGUGUGGACAGACGCGCGCUUCACCACAAACGAGAUCAGCCAGCUGCUCUGCUGCUACUGCCACAGACUGCGGAGGGAGAAGCGAGACCUGGGUUUGACAGUUCUCGUUGACGCCCGCAGGCGAGCGGUCGCGUCUGCGCUCUUCUCGGCUCUGUCUGAGCUUCAGACUCUCGUACCCAAUGCACUUUACUCAGUUUUGAUUCUGGUGGACAGAGACGCAGCAGUGAAAGUGGAGCGAGACGUCUCAGUUCCUUGUGAAGUCCUGACGUCUCUGAAAGCUCUGCAGAAGCACAUCGACUCGUCGCAGCUCACCAGAGACUUUGACGGCAGCUUCCCAUACGAGCACAGCCACUACAUUCACUUCAGACAGAAAAUCGAACCGUUUGCUGCGAGCUGCAGUGCUGCGAUCGCUUCCCUUCAAAGCUCCAUCGAGACGCUGAGCAGCAUCGGCAGUCUGGAGACGUCUGAGGAGGUGUCAGAGGUCAUCAGCCAGCAGAAGAGUCUCAUGAAGAGCGUUCUGGACGACACCAAACUCAACCGCCUGCGGCUGGAGGGCGGCACCUUUCUGGCCCGCAUCAGGAAAGAGGAGAUGUGUGAAAACGAGAACUACAGGGACGCUGUGGAUCUGGUCAGUGCACUGUAUAACCAGGUGGAUGAAGAGGUCCAUAAACUCGUCAUUCUGUCGAAUAAAUCACUGCAGCAGCUGGAGACGCUCCUGGAGCUGCGCGCCUUACAGGAGAGACACCAGGAGGUUAAGAGGUGGUUUUAUGUGGAAAGCGAGAAACAUUUGGCUCCUUUGGACUCCUAUAGUCUCUCUCUGAGCUCCAUUCAGGACAUGAGACAGCGUCUGGCCCAGUUCAUGGAGGAGUCCACCGAACAGCAGAAGAAAGCCGCAGCGUUACUGAGGGAGCCUAAAGCCGGUCCAGCCCUUCUGGAGGUCAAAGAGCACAUCAGCUCCGUCCUGCAGCGCAGCGAAACACGCAAGACUGAACUGGACGUCCUGCUCAACCUCUACGAGUUCUACGAAUCGGCGAACCAGUGGUUGCUCCACUGUCAGGAGUAUUUCUGCAAGCUAAAGCGGGACGGUAACGCGCUCGGUUUGACGCCGGCCGUGCUGCAGGUCCUGCAGGACUAUCACAGCGAGGCCACAAAGUUCUCUCUGGAAAACUUCAGCUCGCUCAACCAGACGGUGCUGAAGCUGAACAGCGCGCGGGAGCAGCAGCACUGGAGCAGCGUCUGGCAGCAGUGCCAGCAAACCAGACAGCAGCUGGAGGAAAUGCUGGCUGAAGCCCAAGCCCAAGACUCCGCUUCCGGUAAAACAUCAGCACAAAAUCCUUCACCGUCGUGUUUUGAGGAUGAAGAUGAGAAGCCGCAUUCAGCAGGUCCGUUUUCCAGAAGCCAGUUCCCCUUCCCCUUUCCCCCGGAGAGCGGCAAGCUCUCGCCGUGUGUGUUUGAGGACACCGACAGCGACUGCACCGUCGACUCGUCCGCCUCGUGCCACUCUGAGCCCCUGAUGCGCCACCGCAAGCAGCCGCUCAAGAAGAUCAUGAAGAAGACCCUGAGCUACGAGCUGCCGGCGCGGGACAAAGCUCACGGCUACAGCGGUGUCUACAUCCGAGGACUGCAGGUCACCAAUAACGUCUGCGUGGAGAAGAAGCUGCAGCGGCCAGACGUCAUGAGCCCGGCACUGGGCCGCAGCCGCAGCAUGUCGUCCCCGUCACGCGUUCAGUGCAGACUCAGCGACGGAGAUGUCAAGAGACACAGCGGUAAAACCCAGCACAUCAUGGACGAGAUGAUCUCCACCGAGAGAGAGUACGUGAGAUCCCUCAGCUACAUCAUCCAGCACUACUUCCCUGAGAUGGAGCGCCUGGACCUUCCUCAGGACCUCCGAGGGAAGCGCAGCAUCAUUUUUGGGAAUCUGGAGAAGCUGUGUGAUUUUCACAGCCAGUAUUUCCUGACGGAUCUGGAGAGCUGCGCUCAUUCACCGCUGUCCAUCAGCAGCUGCUUCCUCAAACACGAGGAACAGUUCGGGAUGUACGCCUUGUACAGCAAAAACAAGCCGCGCUCAGACGCCUUGCUAACGAGCCACGGAAACAAUUUUUUCAAGAACAAGCAGCUGGAGCUGGGCGAUAAGAUGGACCUGGCGUCGUACCUGCUGAAGCCCAUCCAGAGGAUGAGUAAAUACGCUCUGCUCCUGAAGGAUCUGAUCAAGGAGUGCAGUCAGUCUCAGGAGCAGGAGCUCACUGACCUCAGAACAGCGGAGGAGAUGGUCAAGUUCCAGCUGCGCCACGGAAACGACCUGCUGGCCAUGGACGCCAUCCGGGGAUGUGACGUCAAUCUGAAGGAGCAGGGUCAGCUCCGCUGUCAGGACGAGUUCAUCGUUUGGUGCGGACGCAAAAAAUACCUGCGUCACGUUUUCCUUUUCGAGGAUCUCAUCCUCUUCAGCAAGACCAAGAAGAUUGAAGGAGGAUACGACAUCUGCAUAUACAAGCAGUCCUUCAAGACGGCUGAGAUCGGGAUGACGGAGAGCGUGGGAGACAGCGGGCUGCGCUUCGAGAUCUGGUUUCGCCGGAGGAAAUCACAGGACACCUUCAUCCUGCAGGCCGCUUCUGGAGAGGUGAAGAACGCCUGGACCUCCGUCAUCGGCAAGAUCCUGUGGAGACAAGCCUUACGAAACCGAGAGUUGCGGAUGCAGGAGAUGGUUUCGAUGGGAAUUGGAAACAAGCCGUUCAUGGACAUCAAGCCCAGCGACUCUGCCAUCAACGAUCGAGCCGUCGACUACAUCAUGAAAGGGUCAGAGUCGCGGAUGCGGGCGUCCAUCGCGGUGUCCUCGUUCGAUCACUCCACGCCGUUUAAGAGACCGCACUCCACCAUCUCCAACAGCAGCUCGUCCUCGUCCAGCAGCCAGUCCUCGUCCUCUCUGAACCUGCACCUCCAUCCGUCUCAUCCGUCUCUGAGCCACUGGCCCUACGACUGCAUCGAGGAGGACGAGCUCGAGCACGACUCCACUGUCCAGUCCUCCACGAUGAGUGACGGCGCUGACAGCUCGUCUCAGUGCACCUCCAGUGACGGCGUGAGCGUCCAGCAUCAUCCUGCGUUAGUGAUGGAGAGCUACACCAGCGACAGAGGCUCGUAUCGGUCCACACCGUCCCCGUCUCCUCCUAACGUCACGUCCUCCGUCCUCUACCACAAAGAGCAGGAGUUCAUCACAGCGAGCAAGACUUCAGGUCUGUUAGGCCUCUCAACUCUGGUCUGAAUCAAACGCUUCAGAUCACUGUGAAUCCAUCGAGACGGAGAGACGGGAAAGCAGCGUUUGGACAGCGUUUGUUUUCGGACAGACGGAGAUCAAAUGCACUGAGACAUUUCAUCAUUUCAUAGACUGAUAAUCGUCCAGAGCCUCGCUGAUGAAUAUGAAUUCUGACUGCAGUGCAGAAUAGAAGCUCCUCAGCAGUGCUGGUACGUUACAGGACCGAGGUCACAGAUGUACAUGAUUUCAGGUGUUUUACUUUUACUUCUUUCAUUCGGAGACUUCGGAGACUUCAGAGACUUCACCACUCGACAUCUGACUCAGUAUUUCUGACUGUACAGAUAGCUGAAUGAUUUGAGUUCUGGACUACUAAUACAAUCCAGACAGGAUUGCAUUUUUAUUAAGGAUUGAGUCCGACUUUUUACUAUGAAAAUAAAAAUAAAAGAGUAAAUAAAAUCAGA